AUGUGUUUUUAUUGUUUUUGCAUACUUUUAUCUUUAUACAGAUGUUAGAUUUUGUACGAAGAAGCCUUUAUUGAUGAUAAUUUUAUAGAUUCAUAAGGUAUAUCAAUAUAAUUUGUUAGGAUGGACAGUAAAUAAUAGAAUAGAAAGUAUUGGAUAUUGUAAUGAGGUGAAAUUAUUUGGAGGUUAUGGUGUUUUUGGAAAGAAUACAAGAGUUACAAAAUUAUUUUAGUUGCCUCCUCAUCAUUCUAUUUAACUUAGAUUAGAAUUUUGGAAGUAAAGAAUAAUAAUAAAUAUAUAUAUAUAGAAUAGACUCUUGGGAUGAUGAAAAAUUUUAUAUAUAUUUGGAUUAGAAUGAAGUAUUUUCAUAAAUGUUUGGUGCAUCAAGUACAAAUUCUAACUUGUGUGGAAAUGAAGCAACUGGAAUAGUAUGGCGUGAAGAAAUACAUUAAAUAAAUAUUAUAAAAAAUCACAAUUUUAAAUCACUUUUAAUUCUGUUAACUUCAAAUUUAAAUGGUCAGUUAGAUGUAAUAAUUAAUUAAAUGAUAGGAAUGGUGGGGGAUUAGAUAAUUUAGAUUAUAUAUAUAUCCAUGUCCAAAUGGAUGUUAAACAUGUACUUCAGAUGAUUCAGCAAUAGAUUGUUUAAUUUGGUUAAAAUAUUACGAAAGUUUAGUAAAUUUAAAUUAUAAUGAUUUUUAAUAAGAAGGCUGGAUUAUUGAUUAAAGUUUAUAAUCAAUAAGUUAAUGUUCUAGUAAUUAUAAUUGAAUUAAAAUAGAUAUUCCAAUUAUAGGAGAUAAAAAUAUCAUAGGAAGAGAUAGUAGAUUAACAAAAUCAAUAAAUUUGCCAAUUCAUUGUUUAGUUAAGAUUAAGUUUAGAUUUCUAUUUAUAGAUAAAUGGAAUUCUGAAUAUGCUUAAUUAUACGUUGAUAAUGAAUUAAUAUGGAAUUAUAGUCAUUAAACCCUGACAAAUAUAACUAAUAUAUGUGGUAAUAGUUUUGGUGAGGUUGCAUAUAACUUAGAAAUAAUCUUACCACAUAAAAGAUAGUAAUUACUUUUAUAAUUUACAACUACCUUAUAAAAAUAAUAAUCUUAAUAAUCUUAUGGAAUAAGAGAUCUUGAAUUAUUUAUUUGUAAAAUUUUAAUAAUAAUUUAAGAUGUUCCAAAUGGUUUUCCUUAAGAUCUAGGUUGUGGGAUAAUAUGUGGAAAUGGAUAGAUUGAGGGAUAGGAAUAAUGUGAUGAUGGAAAUAUAUAUCCUUUUGAUGGUUGUUUUAAUUGUUAGUAUUAAUGUGUUGAAGGAUGUAUUAAUUGCAUAGAAGGCAUUUGUUAUAAUUGUUAAUAAGGAUGGAUUUUAAAUAUUAUAGAUUCAUUAUGUAUACCAAUAUGUGGAGAUAAUAUUAUUAAUGGUUUUGAAGAAUGUGAUAAUAAUCAAAAUUAAUUAGAUUAAUAUCUAUAAUGUGAUCAAUGUUAAUUUAAAUGUUAAUAAGAAUGUAUAAAUUGUUAAUUUGGAAAAUGUUUAGAAUGUGAUGAAGGAAUGAUAAUUAACGAUUAUAUUUGUUAAAUAAAUUAAAAUGAACAUAAUUAACUAACUGAUGGUAAGUGCUAAGAUAAUUGUCAAUUAUGUACAAACUAUAUUUGUGAAUAUUGUGAAUAUGGAUUCUAAAUGAUUAAUAAUUAAUGUUAAACAGUUUGUGGAGAUGGAAUUUUAGCUGGAAAUGAAAUAUGUGAAUUAGAAUAAUAAUAAUGUAUUAAUUGCCUAUAUAUAUGUUCUGAAAAUUGUAAUUAUUGCUUUGAUAAUGGGAUAUGUCAUUAAUGUUUUUUUGGAUAUGAAUUGGAUUUAAAUCGAUUAAAUUGUUAUUCUAUUUGUGGUGAUGGAAUUGUUUCUAAUGAUGAAGAAUGUGAUGAUUUUAAUUAAGAUAAUGGAGAUGGAUGCUCAAACAAAUGUUAAAUUGAAAAUAAUUACAUCUGUAGAAACUUAUAGUAUUCAUUUACAUAAUGUAUUUAUGAAAAAUAUCCUUCAUUCAAACUAUCAUUAAUUAAUUCAUCUCUUUAAAUAUAAUAUGUAUCAAUAUAUUUUGAUUAAAUGGUUAAAACGAAUACUUAAUGUGAUUUCUCUGAAUAAAUACACAUACAUGUAAUUGACUUAAAUUAAACAUUUUAUCAAUUUUAAUUAAUUCCUAUUCAAUAACCUUUUCAAAAUGUUUCAUUUGUAUAAUAUUUAAUAGAAAUCUAAUUUAAUACCACUUUAUUAUCACCACCAAUCUUAGAAGUGAUUUUAAAUAAUCAACUUUAUAAUUAAAAUAAUGCCCCUCUUAUUAAUUUAAUUAAUUAAAUUAAACUUCAUAAUCCAUCGUACAUAAAUCAUUAAUAAGAAUCUUAUGCAAAUCAUCUAAACAAUGUAGCAAAAUAUUCUAUUAUAACAAUGGGAGGCUUAGGUAUUUUUUAAUUUUUACUUUGUGAAACUUUUUUACUUUCAGAAACAUUAGAAAUACUAUAAUAAUAAUCGUAUUUAAAAUUUAUUAAUGUAAUCUUUCCUUUUAAUUUAUUUAUCUAUUUUGAAUCAAGCAAUUUGAUAACUAUAUAACCAAUUUUAGAUAUGAUCUAAGUGGAUAAUCUUUUAUCUUAAAUUUUUGCAGAAAGAUAUUUAGAAUCUUACGAAAAACUUUUAUCCUACAGAGUCAAUGCAGAUAUCUUAAUUAAUAUUUAAACAUAAGUAAUCUUAUUUCUUGCACUGAUAGUUACUUAUUAUUCAAAUAUUUUUAUCUUAAAAUUAUUCAGAAAUAUUCCUUAUUCAUGCUUAUUUAUUUUCGGUUAGACAUUUGCUAAAGCACUUGUUAAAAUCAUGAAAAAAGUUCUAAAAUUUAAAAGAAAGUUUGAAUCUGAGAUAAUCUAAAGCUUUUUACACACAAAUAGUUGGGAUUUACUUUUUAUGUCUUUUUUAUAUAUAUAGACAUAAACUAAUCAUAUCUUUUCUAAUUUAGUUGCCUAUCUGAUUUUGUAUUCCACACUAUUACUUUCAACGAAAAUCUUUGAGAGAAUACAUCAUUAAUCUAAAAGAUAAUAAUAAUUCUGGAUAUCAAAAUAUGAUUAAAUGAGACUUAUAAAAAAAAUCUUCUUUAUAUGGGUAUUAGUAAUGUUCCAAGAAAACUAAAACCUUCAAAUAAUGUUAUUAACUCUUAUUUGCUAAUUUUAUUUGGUUUAUCUAUUUGUAAUCAAACCUUUUAAGAAUAAUUUAGAUUACAUCAAUACCUUAGCAUUAGAAAUAAGUUCAUUUAUUUUUUGUUUUUCUUCAUCAUUUUAUUGGAAUAAUUUUAUCAUUAAAUUUAACAAUGAAAAUUAAAUUAAUUUGGCAUGGUUUUAAAUAGGAAUGCUGCUAUCAUGUUUAUUUAUAAAUUUGAUGUCUUAAUUAUGGAUGAUAUCUGUAUAGCUGAAAAGUAAAAUAGCAAAAUUAAAUAAGAAAUACACUUCCAAAAAAACUUAAAAAUAAAUCAAAUCUAACCCAUUCCUUAUUGUUUGA